AUGGCGACAGCUCGGAGAUGGGCGCGCAAGGUCGAGCGUUGCUGUUGUACUUUUGCGACGUACUUUCCACUGGCUUUCGUUUACGGUCUAACAUCAUGGGCGGUUUGGGUGGUUGUGUGUAUUGGUAAUGCCAGCAGGAAAAGCAGUUGGAUAGGCACCGGUUCUUCGGUAAUAGGCGUUGUACUUUACAUCAUGCUCAACUGGUGCUACACUACCGCUGUCUUUACACCUCCCGGCUCGACGACGAACGAUAUGGGUUAUGGACUCCUUCCGACGCAAAAUACGCCGCAGGGCACUUCCUUUACCGUCAAGAGUAACGGCGAGUUUCGGUUCUGCAAGAAGUGUCAGGCUCGCAAGCCUGAUCGGGCGCACCACUGCUCGACAUGUCGACGAUGUGUUCUAAAGAUGGAUCACCACUGCCCUUGGUUAGCAACAUGUAUCGGCCUACGCAACCACAAGGCAUUCCUCCUGUUCCUCAUUUAUACGACUGUGUUCUGCUUCUGGUCAUUCGCGGUCAGCGGAUCGUGGGUUUGGUACGAGGCGCUGGAUGAUCAGGAAUACAUCGAUACUUUCCUGCCCGUCAACUUUAUCAUGUUGAGCGUCAUCAGUGGAAUUAUUGGUCUCGUUGUGGGUGCUUUUACAGGAUGGCAUAUUCAUCUGGCUCGUUGUGGACAAACUACGAUCGAGUGUCUCGAAAAGACACGAUACCUGUCGCCCUUGCGCAAAACCUAUAACUCUGCUCACAACCCCGCCAACAACGUACCGGAAGCUGCUCGCCAUUUCGUCGACUUUCACACAAAUGCACUGCCUGGUAUCACUCGACCUGAAGAGGGCGAGGAGCGACGGUCGUACCCACCUGAUGGUUCUCACCCUGUUCAGCUUUCAUACGCUCAGCGAGAACGAGAACAACGACAACGGCGAUAUGAGGAGUAUCUCGACGAACAGGACUCUGAGAAGCUCCCCAAUGUCUUUGAUCUUGGCUGGAAACGCAACUUGUUACAUCUGUUUGGACCUACACCUGCGCUUUGGUUCUUCCCUGUGUCCAACACAACAGGAGAUGGCUGGACAUGGGAGGCUAGCAGCAAAUGGCUUGAGGCGCGGGACCGACUUAAGGCUGAGCGAGAACAACAACGGGCUCGCGAGGUUAACGCCGGUUGGGGAUCCGCAGAUGAUAUUCCUGAUGUCCCCGAACGACCUACUGGUGCAGGACGGCAUUUCACCCCAGGACCAAAGCUCGCAGGACCUAAGACGAUGAGUAAGGCUGAUCGAGUUCUGGGCCGCGAUCCUAACCUAUACGCCGACGCAACACAAAACGUACCCAUGAGUCGUCUCAGCCCUCGAGGUCGAACAGUGGACGACGAGCUUGCAGACUUGGACAGUGAUAAUGACGAUGGCUUCAUCGACACGAAUAACCCAGAGCCAGAAAAUGGCAAGCUGAGUCCAAGCUUCACAUCAGAAGCUCAACGUCGUGACGACGCUGAGGCUCGCGCUCUUGAAGUCGUUACUAACGGUAACUGGGGCCGCGGCGGAGCGAGCGGCAUGCUUCGAAAGGGAAGCUCACAGAGCAGCCCCCUUAGCAGAACACCCAGCAACAUCAGCCGUUCAGGGACACCAAAGUUCCAAGACGAGGGUGUGGAUUAG